AUGCGGGUCACUUUCGUCUCGGGUGGCCAGAAAAUCGCCAUUACUGGCUCAAACUCGUUCAAGUUCCUUUACAGUUCCCGCCAAGGUGGCCACGCCACUCUCACGACCGAGACCUCAUGGCAUCUCAACUUUGCCCUGGGCGCUGUCAGCGACGGCGGUCUACAGAUCACAAGAGUGCCCGACCCCAGCGGAGUUGAAAGCGUCACAACCAAUCACUCCUUUGAGAACAAGGACCUGGAAUGGAGUUACCCGUUCGACGAUUUCCCCAAAGCUAUCUCGGGCACGCUGAAAAAUUGGUUUAACCACAGCCUGGCGUGGCUAACGAACGACCUGAUCAGUGUUUUGAGGCACCACCACAAGCUGUACGUGCCUGCAUCGGGGGUCUUCCUCAUGCAAGAUGCCAAGUUUAACAAGCGAGGAGACCUGCUGGUGGGGUUGCACUACAAUGGAGUCGAAGCAUCAACCACUUCUUCUUCUACAGAUACAUCUGUUCAGGGACAAAUGCAGGGCUUGUUCAAGGUAGAGGGGAUCAAUGUGCCCGAGGCAUUCAGCAAGUUGCCAAUAGCUUGGAUGAAACUACCGAAACGGCAGAAGCUGGGACUUGUGACCCCAGAAUCACAUCUGCCUGCGCUGCCCGACUCGAUUCCCCGACUCAAUUCCGGAGCCAGUGCCAGUGUUUGGUCAAUGGAUUGGGAUGAGCACUAUCUUAGCGGCGUGGUGACAUGGAAGUUUGUCCAGUUGUCGUUGUUCAUGUCUGUUGGCUAG